AUGCGACGUCCGGCAAAUACGACGGCGCAGCAGCAGCAGCAGCAGCAGGCGGCUAGGCCCAAGAGCAGCCUCCUCCGCCUCGUGAUCUUCGCAGUCGUGGGCCUGAUCGUCUUACUGGGCCUGGCCGUCCUCAUCGCCUGGCUCAUCGUCAAGCCCAAGCGUCUCGUCUACACCAUCGAGGACGCCUCCAUCCGCAACUUCAACAUCCAAAACGACCACCUCAACUCGUCGUUUCGCUUCGACUUCCGCGCCUACAACCCGAACAAGCGGAUGUCGGUCUACUACGACGCCGUCGAGGUCUCCACGGCGUUCGACGGCCAGACCGUCGCGUUCAACACGCUGCCGCCGUUCCACCAGCCCAAGCGGAACGUGACGGUGCUGGAGGCCCGUCUCGAGGCCCGCGACGUGGCCCUGUCCAAGUCCCUGUCGAAGGACGUCCGGGCCCAGCGGGCCGACGGUGAAGUCAAAGUCAAUGUCCGGAUUCGGGCCAGGAUCCGGUUCAAGGUCGGGGUCAUCAAGCUGAGGCACCAGACGGUGAAAGUCCUCUGCCCCGCCGUGCCCGUCAGUUUCCGCUCCGGCCAGACCUUCCAGAAGACCGAGUGUGAUUUGGAUUAUUGA